AUGAUUCUUAAAGGGAAACAUAUCGACGCCAUUUACGAACUCUGGGGAGUCAGUUACGCCGUAGAAAUUGAACUCCCCGAGGAUGGUGAGACUCCGGAUGACGUGAGACCGGGGUAUUGUGGAGCUUGCGCGUCUCAUUUCGAGGCUGGCAGCUUAUCGUUUCCUCUUCCUCGUUUCCUUCUCGAGGUGCUGGCGGAGAUCAAGACAGCGUUUAUCCAGAUGGCGCCUAACUUUUUCCGGUACUUUUUGGGUUGCUGGGUCCGAGCUCAGGAAGAAGGUCUCGAAUUUUGUCUCAGGGAGUUAAAGCAAUUAUUUGCCAUAAAGCGAAACAACGGCUUCCCUGGCACGAUGAUUCUUGCUCCUCGAGGUGGUCGUGUUAUCACCGAAGGCAUUCCUAAUAAGGAUGAUCGAUGGAGGGAGAAGUUUUUUGUUUUUAAGAUAAAUCCGGCGUCGGUCGGAGACUUUGAUUUCGAGAGGAUUUCUCGGGAAUGGUCCGACGACAUUGAGCCUUUUGGGUCUGCGCCUAUGUCUCUCGAGCUUCGCGGGUUAAUGGAGACAUUGCGUCGAGGUAGCACUCGCUGGCUCUCCUUUACUCCUGACCGAAUUCAAGCCGCCUACGCUCUCCCAUCGGGUGCGAAUCAUGCUACUACUGUCGCCUUGGUGGCUCCUGUUCGGCCCAAGAGAGGUCGGGGCACCAAAAGUUUGCUUUGCUUUUUUGGAAAGAAGGAUGAAGAGGUGUUGCUCGAUCGUCCUGACGAGUCUUCUGAGGCCGGGUCAUCAGAGCGAACUCGGAAAGUCCAUCGAGGACAGGUCCUUAGACCGAGGUCGCAUGCUCAGUUUCCUGGUCUUCCUGCUAGGCCAGUGUCGGUCGCUAUUCCAUCUGGUGGAGCUCGCAAGGCACCGGAUACGUCGGCGAGUUCUGCUGGUGAUCGAGCUCUUAAUGACGAGGUCGAUUCGUUGUCUCGUCAAUCUCGACGUCGGGUUUUGGAGGAGAUUAAUUAUGUGACUUUGGGAUCGUCGAACCCGAGACUUUCUCCGCCGUUGCGUGCUUCUGGUGAAGGUACUUCGCGGGUUAACCCCGGUGUCCUUCCUUCGAGCGUGCCUGAAGUUUUUUCGUGGUCGUUUGCGUAUGACAGCGAGAUCCCCAUCCUUGAGAACCCCGAGUCCCUUGCAACAAUUUGGUGUAAGAUCAGAGCAAAAUGGUGCAAGCUCCCUUCUUUGGAGCAUAUGCGAGAGAGCGCUAUGAAGGCGAGCAAUGAUUAUGCAGCUUUAAUGGAGGGGCGAUUAACAAAUUUUCCUAGUAAGGAAGAGAUCGCGGGUCACCUUCUCACGAUCCAACAGCUUCGGGGUGAGCUGGAUACUGUUCGGGAGGCGGAGAGACAGUGCGAAGUGGAUUUUGAGGAAUGGAGGAAGAAGUUGGCGGCUGCUGAGGCAGAAAAGGUCGUUGCUCAGAGCGACCUUAACUCGAUGGAGGAGAAGUAUAGGCGAGAGAUCGAAGGUCGGGAUAGAAAAACUCGCAAAGAUCUCCAUCUAGCUCGUGUGUCUCUAGCGAAGGAGUACGAGGGGGUUUUGGCUGUAAUCAGGGGUAAGUUGGAGCAGAAGAAGAAAGAAACGGCCGAGGAGAUUCUUUUGCAAGAGACGCGAGCACGUAUCGAAGCUUUGACCAAGUAUAAUGAGGACGGCUUCGAGCUCGAAGCGGAGUUGGAGCGCCAUAAAGACCUGGAGGUUUCGCUCGACGUCGAUUAUGGUCUUGCUUCGGUGUCAGACCUUUAUCUUGGUCGUCUCGAUCUCCCCGAGAUCUCCGGAGAUCUGUCAACCAGGAUUGAUGCGAGGGUUAUUUAG